AUGCCGUUCAUCCCCUUCAUCUUAAUGUUUCUCCCAUCAGUUUUAGCAGAAGUUAAGGAAGCUCAGUUCACCCCUGCUGACAAUUAUCUGAUAGACUGUGGUUCCCCUUAUACCACUCUGCUUGAUGAUGGCAGGACCUUCAAGUCUGAUCCUCAAUCUGUUUCUUACUUAUCCACUGAUGAAACUAUUCUAGCUUCUACCAAUUCUAUUCCCAAAUCCCCCUCUCUUCCUCUAUACCUCACUGCAAGAAUCUUUCAUCGUGAAUCGAUGUACAGAUUUCUUGUUUUUCGCCCCGGCUGGCAUUGGGUUCGUUUGUACUUUUAUCCCGUUUCACAUCCUAGUUAUAAUCUGACAAAAGCUGUGUUUUCUCUCACUGCUGAUGAUAUUGUCCUCCUUCAUGAAUUCUCUGUGAAGGGUAAUAGAGGUGGUGAAAUGGCAGUGUUUAAAGAGUACCUGGUUAACAUUAGUUCGACAAAGUUUACACUAAAGUUUUCGCCUUUGAAGGAUUCGGUGGCUUUCAUCAAUGCCCUUGAAGUUGUUUCUGCACCGGAUGAUCUCGUCCCUGAUUCUGCUGCUGCUGUUUCUCCUGUUGGGGAUUUCGAUGGCUUGCCCGAGCACGCGUUUGAGGUGAGCUAUAGAGUCAAUGUUGGGGGGCCGAUUCUCAGUCCUAAGAAUGACACAUUGGGGAGGACAUGGCUGCCUGAUAGCCAGUUUAUGACAUUCCCACAAGGGGCUAAAAGUGUGUCUGUCUCUCCGAAAACCAUAAAAUACCCGGAGGGUGGGGCGACCACUUUGGUAGCCCCGAAUUGGGUGUAUGCCACGGCUGAUCAGAUGGUGGAUGCUGGGGUUUUGGAGCCAAACUUCAACCUUACAUGGGAGAUGGAUGUAGAUCCCGGGUUCUCGUACCUGAUAAGGCUGCACUUCUGUGAUAUUGUGAGCAAAAGCCUAAAUGAGCUCUACUUCAAUGUGUAUUUCAAUGGGAUUUUAGGAGCUUCGAAUCUCGAUCUCUCAACGCUCACUUCAGGCCUGGCUACCCCUUACUACAAGGACUUUGUGCUGAACGCCACCGCCAUUUGGAACAGCACGAUCAUCGUUCAAGUCGGCCCCGCUUCCAACCUUCAAUCGAGCCCCCCCAACGCCAUACUUAAUGGCUUGGAGGUUCUUAAAAUGAGCAACUCGGAUGGGAGCUUAGACGGGGUCUUCUCUUCUGCGGUGGAAUAUGGAGGUUUGAUUCCGAGGUCUAAUGGAAUGAGGAUCGCAGCUUCGGUUGGCUUAGCAAUGGGAUUGACAGCAAUAGUAUUGCUAGUGUUUGGGAUUCUUAGGUGGCAAAGAAGGCCUAAAGGAUGGGAAAAGCAGAAAACUUUCUCUUCAUGGCUUCCACUCAAUGCUAGUUACUGUAGUUUCAUGUCUAAUUACUCCUCCACUGUUUUCUCAUCCGGGCUCAACUUAGGAAGGGUAUUCACCUUCAAUGAAAUCAAGCAUGCAACCAAGAACUUCGACGAGAAAGCAGUAAUUGGAGUCGGGGGAUUUGGGAAAGUUUACCUUGGAGAGCUAGAAGAUGGCACAGAACUUGCAAUAAAACGAGGCAAUCCGUCUUCGUCUCAAGGGAUAAACGAGUUCCAGACCGAAAUACAGAUGCUGUCGAAGCUAAGGCACAGACACCUUGUCUCGCUGAUAGGCUAUUGUGAUGAGCAGGCCGAGAUGAUCCUGGUGUAUGAGUACAUGUCGAAUGGCCCUCUCCGGGACCACAUCUAUGGCUCGGACACGAGCCCUCUGUCGUGGAGGCAGAGGCUCGAGAUUUGCAUAGGUGCAGCUCGGGGGCUGCACUAUCUGCACACCGGAUCAACCCAGGGGAUAAUACACCGCGAUGUGAAAACCACAAACAUCCUCCUGGAUGACAACUUGGUCGCGAAAAUGGCCGAUUUCGGCUUGUCUAAAGCCGGGCCUUCUCUGGAGCAAACGCACGUCAGCACUGCGGUGAAAGGCAGCUUCGGAUACCUCGAUCCAGAGUACUUCAGAAGGCAACAACUCACGGAGAAAUCAGAUGUUUACUCGUUCGGAGUAGUCCUUUUCGAAGUUUUGUGUGGCAGGGCUGCUCUUGACCCUGCACUGCCUCGAGAACAGGUGAACUUAGCUGAGUGGGCACUGCAGCAGCACAGGAAGGGGCUCAUCGAGAAGAUCAUCGACGCUCAUCUUGCAGGGACAAUAAGCGCAGAAUCAUUGAGGAUAUUUGUACAAGUUGCAGAGAAAUGCUUGGCAGAAUAUGGGGUUGAUAGGCCUUCCAUGGGAGAUGUGUUAUGGAACUUAGAGCAUGCUUUGCAGCUUCAAGAUUCAUCAUCUUCACAAGAGAAAGAAGAGAAGAUGAUUGGUAUCUCUGAGGAUUCUGGAGUUGUGGUUGCCUCUCCCAUCUUUAAUGGAAGAUAAUAGUAUCCCCCC